GGAGAUUGAAUGACCUAGGAAAUCGAAUUGGCGACAGGUUUUUAGGACUGGGGACAUAACUGACCUUGAAGAAUCCAUUAAAAUGGAAGGCAAGUAGUCGAUACAGUUUCAGAAGGCGAUCCAAACCACGCUAUGUAUUUAAAUGACCUUGGAGUCCCACUCUAUGACAGAUUUUUGAGGAUGGGUGUGAUAGAUGACCUUGAAGAAUGCAUUCGAAUAACGGGGCAAGCAGUUGGUAUGACUCCUGAUUAUCAUCCAAAACAGGCAAUGUAUUCAAGCAACCUUGGGGUUUAUCUCAACAAUAGGUAUUUGAGGAUAGGAACGAUGGCUGAUCUUGAAGCCGCUAUUCGACUCGCGAGACAAGCAGUUGAUGCGACUCCAAGAUACAGUCCAGACUGGGCGGGUCGAUUGCACAACCUUGAAAAUUAUCUCAGACGGAGAUAUUCAAGGAGAAGAACAAUAGCUGACCUCGAAGAAUCCAUCCAAAUUGCAAGAAAAACAGUCGAUGCAACUCCAGAAGACCAUCCAAACAGGGCAAUAUACUUGGACGGCCUUGGAUAUGCGCUCUCUGAUAGAUAUGCAAAAAAAGGGGUGAUAGCUGAUCAAGAGGAGGCCAUGCGACUCGCGAGACAAGCAGUCAACGCAACUCCAAUAGACAGUACACUUUGGGCCCCUCGGUUAGGCAUCCUAGGAACCAGACUAAUGGUCAAGUAUUUAAGGACAAGAGAGACUGCUGAUGUUGAAGAAUCCAUUCGAAUUUCUAGGCAAGCAGUUGAAGCAACUCCAGAGGACCAUCCGCAACGGGCAUCACUCUUGAUGACCCUUGUUAAGGCACUCGCCAAAAGACGCUCGAGGACGGGGGCGACAGCCGACACCAUCAAGGAGAUUACUGCCCACCUUCAAUCUGUUUUACGCCAGCGCAAUGCGGAAGUCAUCACUCGGAUACAAGCCGCCAGAGCAGUUCUUCCAGCAUGUGCAUCCACAUUACACUGGGAACAAGCUUACGAGGUUGCAAAUGUCGCCAUAAGUCUUGUUCCGAAAUUAACACCUCGAUCACUCGAAAAUUCCGAUAAGCAGCAUGUGCUGAGACAAGUAGCCGGUGUAGCCUCUGAUGCGGCUGCGUUAGCAUUACAAGCAGGGAAGGGCGCGCUUGUUGCACUGGACUUCCUUGAGCAGGGCCGCGGCAUACUCGCAACAUCCCUAGAGGAGAUGCGGACAGAUACUCUAAGCUUACGCUACAGAUAUCCCGACUUAGCAGAACGAUUUGCCCAGCUUCGAAACGAGUUGGAACUCUCUGACACCCGCGACACCUCUUUUCUAGACCAGUCGUCCUGGCAGACACAAGGGAGUAGACGGUAUGACGCCGGCAACGAGCUCGAUAAGGUGAUCGUUGAAAUUCGCAAACAGUCUGGAUUUGAGGAUUUCUUAACCGCACCAAGUGAGAAAGAGAUGCAAGCAGCUGCGGCAUCAGGUCCAAUUGUUGUUAUAAAUGUGAGCAAGUAUCGUUGCGAUUCAGUGCUUAUUGAGAAGCACCAGAUAAGGGUUUUAGCCUUACCGCUCCUCAAUAUUAAGGAAAUCAAGAACAGGGCGCAAAGGCUUAUCCAAGGGAGCCUGACGACUCUUGAGUGGCUUUGGAAUGUCGCUGCGAGCCCAAUCCUAGACGCCCUUGGGUUUGUUCAACCUCCAACUGCUGAUAACUGGCCACAUGUAUGGUGGAUUACUACUGGCCCGUUGAGUACAUUUCCUCUUCAUGCAGCUGGCCUUCAUAGUAGCGGUUUUGCCGAAACGGUACUUGAUAGGGUUAUAUCGUCCUAUAGCCUGUCCAUAAAGACGAUCAUACGAAGCCGCUCGCGUCACAUUCCACUACAGGGCCCAGCACGGGCGAUCCUUGUUGCCAUGCAGAAUACACCAGAACACAGCAGGCUGCCUUUUGCGGCUAGGGAGGUAGCAGUGCUACAUGAUAUUUGUAAACUAACGGGUCUUGACCCUAUUAAACCACCACGACGUAAACAAGAUGUCAUACAGCAUCUGCCAAACUGCAAGAUAUUUCAUUUUGCCGGCCACGGCUACACGGAUGCCACCAACCCUUCACACAGCCAUAUGCUUCUCGAAGAUUGGAAAACUGACCCAUUAACGGUGGCCACUCUUCUGGAGAUGAAUCUCAACGAGAGCUCACCAUUUCUCGCCUAUCUCUCGGCCUAUGGAACUGGUCAGAUCAAAAAUGACAGGCUCGUCGAUGAGAGCAUUCAUCUAAUUAGUGCGUGUCAGUUAGCAGGUUUCCGACACGUCAUUGGGACUCUAUGGGAGGUCAAUGAUGAACUAUGCGUAGACAUGGCGAGAAUUACAUAUGAAAGUAUGAGGAAUGGAAACAUGACGGAUAUCUCUGUGCGUCGGGGACUCCAUAACGCUACUAGGGAGUUACGGGAUCGUUGGUUGUUAAGGAUGUCAUCAAAGGUCAGACGUGGAAGCAGAUCGGUUACAAUGGUAGAUGUAUCCUUUGUUAAGGACACGAAGGAAUGCCGGAGAGCAAAUUAUGUGGCCCCAAAAAAUGACGGAUUACCCAGAGAUGCUGUUCUGUGUGAUGACGACGGUUACGACGAUGAUGACGACGAUGAUGGCGACGACGAAGGGAUAGAAUCACUACAUUGGGUUCCUUAUGUUCAUUUUGGCGUCUGAUUUAUUAUUUAUUCGGCAGUAGAUUAGUCGUCACGAGAUUGCAUUGUUCAAAUGUUGGGGGAUAAACACCGCAGUGGCUGAUAGUUCAUUGACAUCUAUUUUCAAAGACUUACGG